UUUAAGUACUGGAGCAACGGGGAUUUCAUGCAACAGUGCGGCGUAGUAAUCGACAUACUUGUGCUGGUGGUUCUUCACAACCUAUGGUGUUGACAGGUGUAGGGACCAACGCGGAACCUCCGCCCCGCACGGCCUAAGUUAGGGACGGGAAGGCUCGACACGGGAACUUCAUCCAAGACGGCUGUGCCGAAAGUAUGACCCCACUCCACACGAGGCCGUGAUUGCAUAACAGCCCUUAAAAAGAGGAAAGCUCUCAUGAUGUGGGAUUCACAGACGAUUACCUUUUCCUCGCAUUCCUUUGGCUCGUUAUGUCUCUUCUUGCGCAGUUGUACGCACUAUGGUGGCUGCUACUAACUGCCAUCUUUGUUCUCUAUUUGACGGGCAAGUAUCGCAAAUACAACCGCCUUCGGCAUUUUAACGGUCCUUUUGGUACCGGCUGGUCCGAACUCUGGCACUCGUGUGUGAUUCUCAGUUUUCACUCACAUCUCGCAUACAAAGAAGUCAACGACAAAUACGGUCCUAUCGCACGAGUCGGACCCAAUGAACUGGUCACUUCGUCGCCGGAGCUGCUCGCGCAUAUGAACGCGGUUCGUUCGCAGUACACUAGGUCCUAUUGGUUCAAUACUGCCACUCGAGUUGAGCCUGGCAAGGACCAUGUGUUUAGCCAAAUUGAUGAAGAGAAGCACACCAAGCGUAGACAGCAGAUGGCUGCUGGCUAUUCCGGAAAGGAGAACUUGUCUUUGGAACCGGACAUUGAUGGUCGACUAAACGAGUUGCUCAACUUAAUCCGCAGCAAGUACAUCUCCACUACCGCAGGGUCGAAGCCAAUGGAUCUUGCGCGCAAGGUUCAGUACUUCACCCUUGAUGUCAUCAGCACUAUUGGCUUUGGUGAAGCAUUCGGCGACCUCCAAGCUGACACUGAUUUGAACGACUAUAUCAAGUCAGGCGAACAGGGCCUUUCGGUUGUUGCGAUAUCCGCUGCGCUCGGUUUGACGAAGUAUUUGCAAUGGCCACCCAUCGCACGCCUACUCGGACCGUCAGAGAAAGACCAGAGCGGCUUCGGCAAGAUGAUGGGCGUAGCCCGCAAGCUCAUCGACUCACGGCUUGAAAAGUCAACUGAAGGUCGCUCUGAUAUGCUGGCUUCCUUCAUACACCAUGGUCUCUCCAAAGAAGAGCUCUUCUCUGAAGCUGUACUACAAGUCCUUGCUGGGUCUGACACUACUGCUACAGCUAUCAGAUCAGCUAUGCUCUACCUCAUUGCUCAUCCGCGCGUCUAUUACCGUUUACAGGCUGAGGUGGAUGCUGCUGUACACUCAGGGGCGGCUCCCAUCGCAACGAGCAUUGUUCAAGAUACCACUCUCCGAAAUCUUCCAUACUUACAGGCCGUCGUUCGAGAAGGCCUGCGCAUCUUUCCUCCCGUGACCGAUGUUGUCCCCAAGAAAGUACCAAAGGGCGGCGAUCGUGUCACUGUCGAGGGCAAGCAGUACUAUCUCCCCGGUAGCACAGACAUCAGCUACAAUGCUUGGGGUGUGCAUCACGACAAGGCCAUGUUCGGCGAAGAUGCCGAUUACUUCAGACCUGAGCGAUGGUUGCCUGAAGAGAACAAGACUAACGAGGAUAAGCUCACUGCGAUGCGGCGUACUACUGAGAUGAUCUUUGGGUACGGGAAGUAUCAGUGUCUCGGGAAGUCUAUCGCUUGGCUAGAAAUUACGAAGGUUGUCUUUGAGUUCAUGCGUCAUUUCGAUUGGGCUCUUGCUCAGCCGGACAACCCUUGGAAAUCUACAAACUAUAUGGGAAUCUUUGUACAGGAGCAAAUGUGGGUGCUUGUCUCCGAGCGUGACUAGAUCGAGAUGGAAAGAUCCAUUGCCCGCCUAGAACAUGGCGUUUGAGAUCGUGUCGCUUGAAGUAUGUUUCGCCCAUCUCGUUGUGUAUUACAAUGCUAGUCUACCAGCACGAAGGUAUUCCUUAACGCCACUAGUACGUGAGGCUGUUAGAGUUUUGAUCUAGUUCCAUGGACCAGCGCGUCCAACAGUCAGUAUGCCUGUAGUAGUACGGUACAGCUACGGAUCAUGUGGGGCGUAGGAAGCAGUGAAUGUGGUCUCCGUAGUCAUAGAAGUAACGUAGUGAGCAACUCCUCCGUAGUACUUUGACGACAUACCUGAGGAUCUAUCGAAGGAUAAUGUUGCGGUAUCAGACUGCUGCAAUAUACGUUGCACAUGAGCCUCAAUACACACGGUUGUAACGGGUCAUGUUUAGCACGUUUCAAGCCAUGUAUAUAUCGCCACCUCCUAGCUAGAUAUCAACAGAACGCAGUAUUCC